AUGUAUGCCUUCUACCUGCUUAUCCUGACUGUAACGCCUAUCCUAUCCUAUCCUUGCACUGACGCACCAGUUUCCGAAACACAAAAAGACCCUGAAUAUUGCGAAACAUUAGACAAAGCAAGGAACGAGGAUGUAGUAAAUUGGGAUGUGUUAUCAGCGGUCAAUAGUACAUAUGAAUCUUACCUGAAAUUCUGUUGUCCGCGCGUAAGAAAUGCGAACAUUGACGAUGGCCAGUGGAUUAUGAGAAGAUCGGAAAUGACUUUUGCCAACGAAACAGCUGAUAUCGUCGAUCAAAUAGCAGAAGCACUAAAUUCGGUGUACGGGAAAUCAGAGAAAGUGCUUUAUGUGUGCUUUGUUCGGAGCUUUCCCAUCACUGUCUGCACUGAGCAGCAAGGCUGUACUACACAAGAAAUUGCGUGUAACUACAAAAUAGUGGAUGGAGAUAAGGGCUGCGCACAAUGGAUAUCUUGA